AUUGACAAACUGCAUACUUCACUUUAUGGUGGGUGGGUGGAUUUUUGACAUUUCGUUUCUGCUCGAUAUUUUUCCAAAAUAAAAAUAAUAGUAAUAAUUUAUAGAGAGUUUAUCAGUUCAAGCACAUAGUAAAUAAUGAUUCGUUUCAUCCUUAUUCAAAAUAGGGCUGGAAAGACCAGAUUAGCAAAAUGGUAUAUGAAUUUCGACGAUGAUGAAAAGCAAAAAUUAAUAGAAGAAGUUCAUGCAGUUGUAACUGUCAGAGAUGCAAAACAUACCAAUUUCGUUGAGUUCCGUAAUUUUAAAAUCGUAUACAGACGAUAUGCUGGCUUAUACUUUUGUAUAUGCGUUGAUGUUAACGACAAUAAUUUGUGUUACCUAGAGGCAAUUCACAAUUUUGUUGAAGUCCUGAACGAGUAUUUCCACAACGUUUGUGAAUUGGACUUAGUUUUUAACUUUUACAAGGUUUAUACCGUAGUGGAUGAAAUGUUCUUAGCUGGAGAAAUUAGGGAAACCAGUCAAACCAAAGUUCUUAAACAAUUAUUAAUGUUGAAUUCUUUAGAAUAAUAUGCAAACUAUUGUGGAAAGAGAAAUUAUUCUAAUUAUUUCAACUCUAUUUGAUUUUCUCGUAAUGUUAGAAAAAGUAUCGAAUGUAAAAAAAAAGAAUUAUUUAUGUACCUGCGAGAGGGAUAUAUUGGAGCAUAAAGCUAAUAAUUGUGGAAUAUUUUCUGCCUGUUAAAGAUAGAAAUACGUUGUAGUACAUAAAAGUACUAUUGAAUUUAAUUACAAUGGCAAAAUAGGGAGAUUUUUUCUUUUUAGCAGGAUUAAUUUAAAAACAAAAAUUGGACUCAUUACAAAAAAGAAUUAAAAUUAUAAUACUCAUUUA